GUUCAAGGCAACCUUGCAGGGCAUAGGAGUGCGCCAGCCACCGCUGUGGCUGCCCAGAACCCGCCCAACAAGAGGCUGCGGCCCACGGCUGUGAGGCUGGGCAGGGGCCAGGGCGGGCCGGGGGAGGGUCCUGUGCUUGCCUCCUGGGACCCGGCGGCAGCAUUGUGUCUGGAGAGACUAAGUAUCCUGGAUUCCUCUGGUGACAGGGGUUUGGCCUCUGGACAGAGAGGUCCCUGGAUGUCACAGGUCAGAACCCUCUGGACCUCCAAGGCCUGUGCUCAGGGCCCAGGAAUCGCUGCUGUCUCCAGACAGCCUCGUGGGCACCUUCUUUCUCCAGGGCAUGGGUUCCCGUGACGAUGUCCCCCCAGCCAAGGUUCUGGCUCCGGUGGCCGUGUACUGUGGGAGCGUCCCUAGGACCAGGGCUGGGCCCCGCGUGCCCCUGCCUGCAGGCAUCAGCGCUACUCUGCCAGCUUACAGCCCAGCCUCCAUCCAGCCUGCACCAAGUGUCCUGCUGAGCAAUGAGAAGCCAUCGCAGCCCUUGAGUGGAUGUGGGGACCCAGGCAGCGUCACACUGGCUGGCCCUUUGAAGGGCUGGCAUAUCGGGAAUGGCCACCCCAGGGACCUUGCAGCUCUGUCUUGGGGGCCUCGCCCCCAGGUGUCUGUCACCUUGCUGGAGUCAGAGGCCAACAGUGUGGCCAGGGACACCACCCAGAUCAAGGACAAACUCAAGAAAAGGAGGCUGUCGGAGGGCAUGGCAGCAUCUUUGCGAGCCUCUCUGGAUCUUGGGGGAGGCCCCAAAGGAGUCCCUUUGCGGAGCACCGUCCCCCGCACCACCUCCCAGAGACUGCUGAGGGUGCCCAGGCCGAUGCCUCCCAUCCAGAGCAUCCCUACCACCCCUGAAGCCAGUGGAGCCAAAGAGAAGGGCCUGGACCUUCCCGGGAGCAGGCAGGGUGCCCAGGAGCUGAGCGCUGGCACUCAGGGGGUGCAGAUUUCCCGGCAAUACCUGCACUGCAAUGACGAGAAGAUGCAGAAGUCACUGGGAGGCAUCGUGAUCCCCCCCAUCCCAAAGGCAGGAGUGUCCGUGGGGACCUCUUCCAGCAGGCCUGGCCCUCUUCCCAGCCCCUUGGCUCCGGGCCACGAUGUCCUCACGGGAACAAGGCCUCCCCCCACACGACUGCUUCAGGAGAGUGGGCCUCAAGAGAAGACCCCUAAAUCUUCAGAGCCCAAACCUUUGGCCCCACCCAUCAGAGACAGGUCUGCCACUGCGGCCUCCAAGAAGUCCCUGGCCUCCUCCCAGUCUGCUCCUGUGCUGACAACCUUCUCCUUCGGCCAUGCCAAAGAAGCCCAACCCUUGCCAAAAGCAGAAGACCAGAAGGAAGCCAGCACCAAGUUCCAGGUCACCAUCUCCAGGUCUGCCCAGGAGAAGAUGCGGCUGAAGCAGAUGAAGGAGAUGGAGUUGUUCCGGAGGGCAAAGGAACCAGAGAGGGAGUGGGAGCUCGCUUCCCAGGGCCUGGGCUCAAGGAGUGCCUUAGUGAAGGAAGGUCUCCUUCCCCUGAGGGGCAGUGGGACACUGUCUGUGCCUACUGGGUUGAGCAGCCCACGCAGAAACAACAGCGGCAUCCUCCAGAGGAAGCGGGCCAACCGGGCUUCUCUCCCGAGCAUCCCCGUCAGCAAGCAGGAGCCCCGCUUUGCCCGCCAUGCAUCAGCUAACUCAUUACCUGCGGUGCUCACUCUGGGGUCUCCUGAGUGGAGGGAAGAGGAGGAAGAGAGGGAUCUUACAAUCUUCAAGGAAUUACGGCCUUUCUCGAACCCAGAGCUGGGCUUGAUGGAUGCCCUUCAGGGCCUCAGCAGCAGUGACUGGCAGAUGAAGGAGAAGGGCCUGGUGGGCAUCCAGCGCCUGGCAGCUUGUCACCCGGAGGUCCUCACUGGGAGGCUGCACGACGUGUCCUUGGCAGUGAGCGGGGAGGUCACCAACCUCCGCUCCAAGGUGUCCCGCCUGGCCAUCAGCACCCUGGGAGACCUCUUCCGGGCUUUGAAGAAGAACAUGGACCAGGAGGCUGAAGAGAUCACCCGCUGCCUGCUGCAGAAGAUGGGGAACACCAGCGAGUUCAUCCAGCGCGCCGCCAGCCGGGCCCUGGGCGCCAUGGUGGAGAACGUGACCCCUGCCCGCGCUCUGACGGCCCUCACCUCGGCGGGCGUCUACCACCGAAACCCCUUAGUCCGGAAAUGCACAGCCGAGCACCUCUCAGCUGUCGUGGAGCAGAUCGGCGCUGAGAAGCUUCUCUCCGGCAGCAGGGACAGCGUAGACGUGCUGGUGCACACUCUGGUGAGACUGGCCCAGGACUCCAACCAGGACACCAGAUUUUAUGGCCGGAAGAUGGUGACUAUCUUGAUGGCAAAUGCUAAGUUUGACACGUUUCUGAAGCAGUCCCUUCCAUCUCAUGACUUGCGGAAAGUCAUGGCGGCCAUCAAGCAGCGGGGACUAGAAGAUAACCAGGAACUUCCAUCUGCCAAAGGCCGCAAGGUGUCAAGGAGUCUGGUGGCGUGUGAGAAUGGGCUGCCCUUUGAGGAAGGAUUUGGCUCCAGUGGCCUGCGGCUGGUGGUGCACUCCUCCGUGCGGGGAGGCCUGGAAAUAGCAGAGCAACUUCGGGAGCUGACCAGGCUGCUGGAGGCUAAAGAGUACCAGUCUCGGAUGGAAGGUGUGGGGCGGCUCCUGGAGUACUGCAGGACCAAGCCGGAGCUCAUCAUGGCCAACCUGGUCCAGGUCUUCGAUGCCUUCACCCCGAGGCUUCAGGAUUCCAACAAGAAAGUGAACCAGUGGGCUCUGGAGUCCCUCGCCAAAAUGAUCCCCCUACUCAAAGACAGCGUGCACCCCAUGCUGCUCUCCCUCAUCGUUGCCGUUGCAGACAACCUCAACUCCAAGAACUCGGGGAUUGCGGCCGCCGCUGCCACUGUGCUGGAUGCCAUGAUAGAGAGCCUGGAUCACCUCUGCCUCCUCCAGGCGUUUGCGGGGCGGGUGCGCUUCCUGAGAGGCCGUGCGGUGCUGGACAUCACAGGACGCCUGUCGGCACUGGUGGCCUCAGUUUACCCUCGAAAACCUCAGGCCGUGGAGCGCCAUGUCCUCCCUGUCCUCUGGUACUUCCUGAACACCAUGAUUAGGAGUGGCGUCCUGCCGGGGCGUGCUGGGAAUGUCCGAACGGUGGUGUGCCAGCUGUCCAGGAUCCUCCAGCAGCAAAUGGGUACCCGGUUGCAGGACUGUGCCGCUGGCCAGCCAAAGCAAGUCCUCACAAUGCUCCAGGAACUCUUAAACACAGAGUCCCCGGGAGGCAGCCGCAAGGUCGCCGACAGAGGGAUGCCACCUGACAGCCAGACAACUGGCAGCACAUGCUCCCUUCAGCUGGAUUCAAGAAGGGGCCAGAAAUAGGCAAUUAUUAUUUUUUGUUGUUGUUUUUGUUUCCAGUACCAGGAAUCGAACUCACGACCUUGUGCUUGCCAGGCGGUCACUUUGCCGCUGAGCUAAAUCCCCAGCCCCGGCAAUUAUUAUUAUUAUUUUAUUUUUAUGAUGGAAUGAUAUUCCCCCCUUAGAGUUCUGGAUGUAUAUAGUUUAUUUUGAAGUAGAAAUAAAAGAAUUACUUAUUUUUCCAA